AUGCAACGCCAAGCGCAACAACAGCUUCUAGUCAAUCCACCAACAAUGUUUCAUCUACCAGAAGACUACAGCUCGCCAUGCAAUAUUUGCUGGACAGCACCGGUCGAUCAGAAGCCUAUUCCAAUCCCGAAUUGCUCCCCCGGAUCACUGUUAACGAUUCAUCCAUCUCCAGCAGUGAUAAACUACCGGUCAAAUGAGGAGGUAAAUGUCCCGGUCCCUCAAUGGACGACAAAUCAUCAACAACUUCUACCGCCCAUUCAGACUCUCGAACAACAACAACAACAACAGCAAUCACCACCAAAUAUCAUCUACGAGAGGCUUGACGAAUAUCCAUCCUGA